AAACGGAAAGUUAAAAAAAAAGAACGGAAACAGAUUUUUCCCAAAAAAAAAGAAAAGAAAACACAGAUAAGAGUUUGAGGGGCAAAACUGGAAUAAACAGAUAUCUAUAGACUACAGAAGAACACUCUUGAGCUUCUCUCUACUACAACUACAAGUACAAACAAAGCAGUGUUCGUCCUUCGUCAACUACUUAAAGCUUCGCACUCUGUUAUUUGUUUGACAAGAUUUUUCCAGAGAUGACGAGAACAGAGAAACUUGAGAUGGUGAAGAUAUCAACGAUACUUACCAUGAUGGUUUUAUCAAUGGUGAUGAUGACGAUGGUCGAGUCUUCGAGAUCAGUUGACGUUGACGGCAACGACUCUGAGAUCUUAAGAAGACACUUGCUCGCUAAUGGCCUCGGCGUCACUCCUCCCAUGGGGUGGAAUAGCUGGAACCAUUUCAGCUGCAACAUAGAUGAGAAGAUGAUCAAACAAACUGCUGAUGCUUUGGUUACCACUGGCCUCGCUAAGCUUGGUUACAACUAUGUUAACAUCGAUGAUUGCUGGGCUGAAAUUGCUCGUGACAACAAGGGAAGUCUGGUGCCAAAGAAGUCAACUUUCCCUUCUGGUAUUAAAGCCCUUGCGGAUUAUGUUCACAGCAAGGGCCUUAAGCUUGGGAUUUACUCAGAUGCCGGGUACUUUACCUGCAGCAAAACCAUGCCAGGUUCUUUAGGCCAUGAGGAGCAUGAUGCCAAGACCUUUGCAGAAUGGGGAAUUGAUUACUUGAAGUAUGACAACUGCAACAACGAUGGCUCUAAACCUACUGUCAGGUAUCCAGUGAUGACCCGAGCUCUGAUGAAAUCUGGCCGCCCCAUCUUUCACUCCUUGUGUGAAUGGGGAGAUAUGCAUCCAGCUCUAUGGGGAUCUCCAGUAGGCAACAGUUGGAGAACCACUAACGACAUCAAAGAUACCUGGCUUAGUAUGAUCUCAAUAGCAGACAUGAAUGAAGUCUACGCUGAGCAUGCAAGGCCUGGUGGCUGGAACGACCCGGAUAUGCUUGAAGUGGGUAAUGGAGGGAUGACUAAAGAGGAGUACAUAUGUUUUUGCAUAUUUUAA